UUGCAGGAAGUAAGGAGGCCCUCAGUGGCAGUCAAUACAGACCCCGGCGUUCAGGCGAUACUGGACAAUAUACAGGUGAUAGUGGCAUCCGAAGGCGGGUCGCUUGAGUACAUCGAUAUGAGGGGCGGGCAGCUGACCGUGAAGUAUCACAAGGGCGUGAAUGAAGAGUGCCCCGAGUGCGUGCCGGACCACGAGCUCGUUGAGCAGAUGUUCCGCACUUCAAUGUCCACAUUCGCGCCGUACGUCAGAGACCUGGAACUUCUCUAG